AUGCUUGACCAUGAGGUCACUUAUAAACAAGAAAGUGCUCAAUGUAAUUAUUGUUCACAUAAAUUGCUUACUGCUUCGAAUUGUUGUGAACAACACCUUAAGAAAUGUACCAAAGUUUUACAUCAUAUACUUGAUGAAUAUUUUUCAACAAAAUCAAAAUAUAAUUACGCAGUCAUCACAAUUUGA